AACAUGCCUUCCAGCUACGAAGCCCGGAGCUUCUAUCUUUCCAUCUAUGUACUCGCCAUCCUAACAGGGCUUCCCACCAACUUGCUCGCCUUGCAUGCCCUUGUUAAGAAGCUGAGGACCAAAGCAACUCCCAACAGUAUCUUGCUCUUCAACCUCACUCUUUCUGAUCUUAUCUUCCUGGCUUUCUUGCCUUUCAAGGUAUCUGAGCAGUUUGUGGGCCACUGGGCUCUGCCUUUAUUUUUGUGCCCUCUUAGUGGCCUUCUCUACUUCAGCACCAUCUACACCAGCACCCUUUUCCUCACGGCAGUGAGCGUGGAGCGAUACCUAGGUGUUGCAUACCCCAUACACUACAGGCUGAGGCGCCAUUUGGUCUACGUAGUAGUGGCCAGCCUAAGCCUGUGGACUUGCUGUUUUGGGCACUGCAGCAUUGUGUACAUCACAGAGUUUCACCCGUACAAUUUUUCUCCACCAGUCAAUUUCUCCAAUGACCUCUGUUACAGGAACUUCACAAAUGAACAGCUUACCAUCCUGCUCCCUGUCCGCCUAGAGCUGGGCAUUGUCCUCUUCCUGGUGCCCUCCUUGAUCACCUGCUUCUGCUAUUUCAGCUUUAUGAGGAUUGUGAUUUCAUCAGCUCAUAUCCGCAAGAGCAAAAAGCAACGUGCUGUGGGAUUGGUGGCAGCUACUUUAGCUAUUUUCAUCAUCUGUUUUUCACCCUACAACAUCUCCCAUGUGGUUGGUUUCAUCAAGUGGGAAAGUCCAGAGUGGAGGGACGAAGCCUUGAUUCCCAGCACCUUCAGUGCCAGUUUGGACCCCAUCAUCUUCUACUUUUCUUCUUCUGCUGUACAGCGUUCAUGUUGGAACUUUCUGAGCUGGGCAAAAAGGAUCUUUACUUUGCCUUCUUUGAUCCAUAAGGUCUUUUUCGGAAAGACUCCAAGCCUGAGGAGACCAAGCCCUCAAGAGUCCAUUUGCUCUUCAAAGCUAUGACCUCCGAUCUCAAUGGGAACUUCC